AUGCGCCGCCACUCCUUCGACCUAGCGGAGUCACCGCGCAAUAUCGAAGAAUCCCCCACUGGUCCGCUCUCUACCCAAGAGAUGGGAGACGGACUCAACUUAUCUAUGCCUCCACCUGAGGUUGAAUACGAAGACGACGACUUAGAAGACGACUCGAAAAUUUACACGCCACCUCCUCACAUCGCUGCCCGAUUUUAUCGCCCGUCGCAGGCUCGUCGCAGAGAUUCGGCUGCCUCGUCGCGCCGCAACUCAGUCUCAUCCGCACACUCGCGAUGCUCUUCUAUCCAGCCGUCAAGUCACCGUGGAGGUGAACAGAGCAAGUACAUCGCUCAACAUCUCCGUCGUGCUUCGUUUCUCGAGGAUCGCAGGGCUCGACUUGCCGAUCGAGCAGCGCAUGCCGAAAAGGUUCGCCUUCGGGCAGCCCUCGCAAAAGCGACCCAUCGCGAUCCUUCGCUUUCCGAAGAGCGUGCUGUUGCGGCACAACAAGCUAGAGAACGCAACUUGGCAGAGAUUGUCGCUAAUUGCGCGGAUGAAGUUAAAAAGGCAAAACAAGUUGCCGAGUUUAUGAAAGAGAAGCGAGAGCAAGAUAUGGCUAGGAUCAAGGCUCAAAUCGAGGAGAGAAUGGCCGAGGCAGAAAGGCGGAGGGAAGAGCUACGAACAAAGCAUACGUCCAAGCGAAGUCGUGGACACAGUGUUAUGUCCAGGAAGACCACUGACUCCUUGCCUGAUAACGAACAAGAGAGACGCCAGCUUACCCCAGAGGAGGCAGCAGCCAGUAUUCAAUGGUGGUGGCGUGGCUACCUUCGCAAGAGAGCUAUUGCCGAAUUCUACGAUCUCGGCCUGACUGUAGAUGGGAUCAGAGACACCCAUUUUGAUACCGUCGUGGAGCUUCUGGCCCAAGAGAGGGUUCUUGUUAUCACAGCACGACUCCUGCGGCUUUGUGGUCUUGAAGAGGGCAGCGCAGGCUCAGUUGAGGAGAUGGCUGCUGUUCGCACAUUUCUGAGUGCAUUCUUGAUCCUUGGUCACCCCAAUCAGGUCCUUAGCAACAAGAAUGAUGACGGUAACGAGGAAGUCGUUGAUGCGUUGGCUCCUCACCGCUUGCCUUCGGCAGACCUCGCCAACCCUCAACUGCAGGGUUUAGUCGGCAAGGCACGAGACGUGCUUAUUUCUUUCGAAAAUAUUCUCUCUCGUCUGACAUCUGCAAACAAGUACACAAUGCCACCAGCGCUCAAGAACACCCUCCCGGAAGCAUACGCCACUUUUCACAAUGCAUUCAUUGCAUGGAAGUCGCGGGAUUCCAAUGCCUUGAUCGAGGUUAUGCUUAUGCAAUUUGUUGAGCUUGAUGCGAUCUAUCAAACGGUCAAGGAUACAACCGACGAUUCAGCUACGGCGCUCUAUAAGAAGAGCAUUCAGGACAACCAGUUGAUGCUCAUUGUGCGUAUUAAAAAGCUGGCUGGUCCAGAAAAGGGCAAGAAGUUGAUAUUUAAUGUGGUGUCCGAAGCCCGAAGGGCUCGUAAUGCCAAGAAGAAGACUGGCGACACAAAGCCUCGCGUGGCUGAGAAUGCACCCGGAGAGGCAUCCGAGACAGCCAAGAGUCUGGUCUCGACGGACUCGCAGACACUCACACCACCUGCGACACCUGCUAGCAAACCCCAGGAGAAGGCUCCUGCCCCCAAGACUGGUCUCAAUGGUUUACUGCCGAACAACAGGAUCGUGGUACACGAGUUGGCCAUCAACAAAGAAUAUCAGCUCUCUCCGGAUGAGUACAAAGAGCAGCAGUCAACCCGAUCGCAACCCAUGUACACACAAAUGCGCGCCACUAUGGACGGAGACGACAGUGCCAUCAAUUUCAAGUUCUUCGCACUUGUGGCUGGCAACAUCAAGGACAAGCUCCAACGUCUGCUAAAACCUGGUAACUCCAUGUAUAACCUCAUUGGCGAGAUCCUGGACCCAGAGAUGGCACAAAGGCAAUUUGCAUUGGGCAACUUCUCAUAUGAGAAAUUCUUCACUGCCAUGGCGUCUCUUUUGCCCAAAUUGUGUGCUCCUUUCCGAGACGAGGAGGUCAAAGAUUUGAUCCAGAACAAACUCGCAGAUGGCAACAUCAUUGACCGAGUCGAGGCUCUGAACGGCUUCAUUGACCUGAUGCUUUGCGAUUAUAUCAAUUACCUUAUGAGAAUAGCUGCCCCUCAGCUUAUUGAGUCUGCAGCUCCGUACGAGGCCAAGAGAUUCGCCGAAGAUGUCGAGAAGAAACAGCUUGGCCUCUCAGCAGCUGAGGCAGUCUGGAAGGCCUCACGAUCAAAGGUUCUGGCAGAAGCUUACAAGAAGGACCCUGAGAGAAUCAACCACCCGAGGUCGCGUCCGACAGCUGGGCGGUUUUACGCGCAGAUGCUCGUCGAUAUCUUCACUCAGAUCUCGCCGUCUCCUAUUGAAGAAAUACCAGAGAUGCUUCGACUGGAUUACAACCGCAUUAGUCAAAUUUCCACCACCAUUCAGCGGAUCAUCACUGCAGGUGCGGUUUUGCUCCAAUGCAAAAACAUCCUGAAGCGGGACGUCCGAUCUUCAUGGAAGAUGGAGGCAUCUCGCAUUAUGGCUGUGCUGGAAGCUGGCCACCCUCUUCAGACCACUGUGGAUGGUGUAAUGGCCGCUCUCGAGUCUGGUAGAUCGAUGCCGACAGCGACCAAAGCACACCUUCGUGCCCUUGUCACAAAGGUUUUGACUGCCAGCCAAGAUAUGGCACAAAACGGCAAUGAGCCAAGAGAGCCCGUCCUUCGACUUUUGCUUACUCGUCUUCGUGGCAACAUCCUUGCCCGUUUGGCUGCCGGAUCGGCAAGCGAAAAGGUCAAGGCUGCCAACAAUGCAGGCGAGAAGCUUGCCAGUCUGGGUCUCUCCGAGUUUGUCGAUCGAGUACGAGAGAUCUCGAAUCUACUAGAGAAGAUUGGAAAUGUGGACAGGGCAGCCCACGGACCUUGGUGGGACGCAGUAGCAACAAAGGUUGAGCAAGACGAGAUGUCAGCUUAG